UUAAUAACUAAAAUUGAAAUGAAAGUGUCCACCUAUUUGCUUCACAGUCCAACUACUUAAAAUUCAGUCCUAGGAAGGACGUGGCACAGAAGUUGAUCGCAAGAACUGAAAUUGGGUCUGAAGAAUGAGGAAGGAGAUGAUUGGUUUGCCUAUUGUAGGGAUGGUAAUGGCAGAGGUUGCUCAAGUUGGACUCAUGAUAAUGGGCAAAGCAGCAAUGUCCCAUGGGAUGCCCAACUUCGUCUUUGUUUUCUAUUCCAAUGCUCUUGCCUCUCUCAUUCUCCUCCCUGCUUCUUUUCUCUUCCACAGAUCACACCGUCCUCCACUCACUUUCUCUAUUCUUUGUUGGUUUUUCUUGCUUGGCCUCCUUGGUUGCUUUGCCCAGAUUUCUGGGUAUGCUGGGAUAUAUUAUAGCUCGCCUACUCUGGCAACUGCCAUGCUUAAUCUCAUCCCAGGUCUCACCUUCAUCCUUGCUGUUGCUUUCAGGAUGGAAACACUGAAUUUGAGAAGUAGCACUAGCCAAGCCAAAUCACUGGGAACCAUAGUGUCAAUUGCUGGGGCAUUCAUUGUUACUUUCUAUAAAGGCCCCUCACUUUUGAUGGCACCCUCACAUUCAAGCUCACCUCAUCUACUUCUGGGGCAGCAGUCUAAUUGGGUCAUUGGAGGAUUUCUCCUUGCAGCUGAUUGCGUGUUUGCUUCUGCCUGGCUUAUUGUACAGGCAUCAGUUCUUAAGAAAUUCCCAGCUGAGCUUUUUGUUGUCUUCUAUUAUUGCUUCUUUGUCACCCUUCAAUCGGGAAUAAUCUGUUUGAUCAUGGGAGGAGAUCUUAGUGCUUGGAGCUUUAAACCUGAUGUGAGAUUGGUUGCUAUUAUAUACUCAGCUGUGUUUGGCUCUGCAUUCCAACUUGGGGUUUCUACCUGGUGUAUGCAUCGGACAGGUCCUGUUUUUGUUUCCACGUUCAAGCCUUUGGGAAUUGUUGUUUCAGUAGUCAUUGGUGUUAUCUUCUUAGGGGAUACACUCUUUCUUGGAAGUUUAGUUGGUGCAAUUGUCAUUGUUACUGGGUUUUACUCAGUUAUGUGGGGAAAAGCAAAAGAAGGGAAGUUAGACGUGCAAACUCAGGGGAUGAUGUCAGAAUCAAGCAGUCAAAAAGUCGCUUUAUUGUCAAAUAAUACCGGAGAACCGUAGGAGUUUUCUUUACAGUCAAUCAAAAACAGGGUAUCCAUUGCUGACAGUAGUGACUAAUCUUUUCAUCGCAAGUUCUCUUCGAGGAGGGAAACAGCUGGCCAUGAAAUGUGCUUUAUUCUCAUGAGUGGGGAUGACUACAUGAUUAAGGGAUGAGUUGAGUAACCACCACAUUACAUCUCAUUAAAUUAUUGAUAUUAAGAUUCUCUAAUUGAACAUAAAAGAUCAUAAGAGAAGCAAUAUGUAAAUCUAGAAAUCCAUUAGCAUUUUAAUUUUUAUUUUAAUUUACAAUAUGACAUGGGAAACCCUAAAACGAAAAACAAUUAUUUUCCACC